GGUUUGUGACACGCUGGCCACUUCCCACUUCUCUUGUUUAGAAUCAGCCUAAGUUCAAACUAAAGUUUACUUAUCAGCGAUAGCACGUACUCAAGUGAACAUGGGCAAAAUCGAGUGGGCGAUGUGGGCAAAUGAGCAAGCCCUGGCUGCUGGACUCAUUUAUGCGACUGGUGGGGUUGUUGGGGUGGCCGGUCAGUUCAGAGGCUGGCAGUUUGCAGCUUUCGGCAUUGCUGCCGGUGUGUUUGUGUGUUUGCUUGAAUAUCCGCGGAGCAAAAGGGGCAAAGGCACCAGCGUUGAGAGGACUGGUCAGUACUGCUUCACAGUUUGUGUAAAAGCUUUUGGACCCCUGACCAGAAACUAUUAUGUCAGAGCAUUUUUGCACGCUGCGCUGUGUGUUCCUGGAGGUUUCAUGUUAGCCACAGUUCUGGGAUGUGUGUGUCUAGGAAUUGCCAGUUUGAUCUAUCUUUCAGCAGCUAUUCAUGGAGAGCAUUGGGAGCCCAUACUGCCACGUACAGAGCCGCCAAAGCGUGUUGGGGAGAGCAUCAAAGAACCUCCUCAAAACCCUCCACCUCGUCCUCCUCCUGAACUCCGCCGGAAGAAAGCAGAUAAACUAGAGACUGCUGUGUAUGACAAUCCCAUGUCUGUGACCGUCAAUGAAUAAGGAUUCUAUUGUGGAAACAGUAACCUAUUAUUUAAGGAGGUUUCAGUGACAAGUAUCUGUUUUGAGUUUAUACCUGUAUAUCUGUUUUGAGUCUAACAAAACUGCAAGACAGAGAGAGAGAGAGAGCCAGCACUAACUUUUAUCAUGUUUAUUUUAUAAUAUCUUUGGUGUAUUACUCUUGACCGAUUUGAAACAUCCCAUUUAUUAUUGUUACUAAUAGAAGAGCAAUUUUUAUGUAAGAGAUUUUAGUUUUUAUCAUAAAUAUAAUCAAAGAAGAAAAAACAAAAUUUACUGGAAUGAUGUUUAAGUGUUAACAGUGAUUGUGUAUAUUUACCUCAAGAGAGUGUGUGUGUAUAUAGUUAUGUCUUAAUAUGUGUUUACAAUAAACUCAGGAUGUGCUUUAUUCAA